AGUAAAUGUUAAUUGUUGACGAAGUCAGAUUUUACUACAAAUUUUAUACAGCCAUAUUCAAUUUUAGGAAAUUUUGUGAGUGCAAUUUUGAAAGAAAGUUUAAAAGAUAUGGCCGUAGAACAAGUUAAGAUGAGUAGUCAUACAUUGCCAAAAAGAUCGAGAUUAGAAAUGAAUGUACGUCAACUACUAAAUAAAUGCGAAUUAAUUGCAAAAGAAGAACCGAUAGAUACAAAUUGCAGGUUGAAACAGUAUGUGAAGUCUCUGGAUGCAAUGAUAAGUGAGCUCAAGAUAGGUCCUGAUAAGCCUCCUAAGGACUCUUUAGCUGAGUAUAUUAAGAGAGCAGCUUUCCUAAAAGGUUUGAUUCAAACAGCGACUCUCAAUACACCCAUUGAAAAGCUUGAAGCUGUACAACAGCUAUCCCAUGGUGCAGCUACGAAUUCAGUUGAUGGUUCAGCUCAGGAGAUCCAUCAAAAAACUGUUGCAAAGUAUGGUGUUGAAUUAAGAUCUGAAUUAUUUGGACUAGAUGAUAGUGAUGAUACUUUGAGGCAACGUAACAUUAUUAAGGCUCCAAAUUUCACAAGCAACAGUACUAGUCAAGAAGACAUUGAUUCCUUGCUUAAAUACCACCAGAAUAUGCAAGAAAAAGUAGCAGAAAAUAUGGUCAUGCUUACUAAAAGCUUGAAAGAACAAUCUCAAAUUGCUAGUACAAUUAUAAAAGGAGAUACCGAGGCACUAAAAAAAUCAUCAGAUUUAACCGAGCGUAAUCUAACAUCUUUAAAAGUUGAAUCAGAGAGAUUACAGGAACACAGUCGUAGUGCUUGGAAAUGUUGGCUCUGGCUGAUGCUUGCUGUUGUCAUGGCAAUAUUUAUAAAUAUGGUGUUGUUCAUGAAAGUUAUGAAGAAGAGAAAAUAUGAAGUGUAAUUCGAAUACAAUUGGUAGGUGAUUUGUAAAUAAAUUAUAAACUAUUUAUAAUAUAUCCUUAUCUAACUG